UUGCGGUUUGACAGGGAAAUGGCGACAACUCAGCUCUUCGAACCUCUCCAAGUCGGAAGCAUCACCCUUCAGCACCGCGUCGUCAUGGCGCCACUCACUCGGUACCGCGCGCAUGCGUUGGAAGACGGCGUGGAGAACGUGCCGUCGGCGAUCAUGGCGACGUACUACGGUCAACGCGCGUCGAAGGGCGGGUUGAUCAUCUCGGAAGCGUCUCCAAUUUGUCCUGAAGGUCGCCCGAACAUCCGCGCCCCGUCCAUCUACGAUCCGUUGCACGUCGCGAAAUGGCGUGCGGUCACCGACGCGGUGCAUGCAAAGGAAGGGUUCAUCUUCAUGCAAUUGUGGCACGUGGGUGGGAGUUCCCACUCGCUAUUUGACCCGCAGGGUCGAGCGCCACCGUCGUCGGCGUCCUUCCAGAUGGAAGGCAAUCCCGUCAACACCCCCGAAGGUCCAAAGCCCCGUCAAGUGACACGAAUGUUGUCCACCGCCGAAGUCCACGACCUCAUCGCACAAUACGUCCGUGCUUCCAAGCUCGCGAUCGAAGCCGGAUUCGACGGCGUCGAAAUCCACGGCGCCAACGGGUACAUCUUGGACCAGUUCAUCAACGACCAAAUCAACACGCAGCGGACAGACCAGUACGGCGGCUCGCUGGAGAACCGCGUGCGGCUUCCCGUGGAAGUGGCGGCCGCCGUCGCCGCCGCCAUCGGCGCCGACAAGACCGCCAUUCGCUUCAGUCCGUUCGGGUCGUUCCAGGGCAUGAGCGACAGCGACCCAGUCAAGACAUGGAGCACCCUCCUCAAGCUGCUCAGUCCCCUGCGUCUGGCGUAUGUCCACCUCGUGGAGCCGCGCAUCGCCGGCGGCUGGGAUGCCGGCGACGCGCCCGAUCCGACCGUGAUCAACCUCACGCCGUUCCGCGCCGCGUACGAUGGAGUGCUAAUCGUGGCGGGGGGGCACUCGGCCGAGUCGGGCGCGGACGUCGUCGCCAGCGGAGGGGGCGAUGCCGUCGCGUACGGCCGGUACUUCAUCUCAAAUCCGGACCUGCCCAGCCGGAUCAAGCAUGGCCACCCGUUCACGCCGUACGUCCGGGAGCUGUUUUACACGGAAGGGGAGGUCGGAUACACCGACUACAAGACGUGGGACGAGCAGCUAGCGGGGCAAGUGAACCCGUCGGUGGCGUCGUAAGAUGGUGUUGGCUGAUAGAGUAAUAGACAAGAUGUUUGGGCGGGCGGCGUGUAUGUACAUAUUAUGGUGGAGGUGAAUAAUAUGGGACCACGACGCGAAUGUAUGUGACGACGUCUCGC